UUUUCUGUGUAAGCGUCGCAAGAGCCUGAGCGCGGGGGAAUUGAUCGCUUUGUCUUGGUGGCUGACUUGAGUGUAAUUGUGGCUAGAAGAUCUGCAGGACACUGUUAGAUAGAGCUGAUGAAUCUACCCAGGAAGGACUAGCAAGCUGCUUAUGAAACAGAAUAGGUCUGCCAAUUGCCACUAAAGAUAUCUAUCCUGCGGAACGCUCGCUUGCAUGCAGUCUACCAACAAACUAGUGAUAGAAAGCUAGAGAGACACACCAUCGUGGGUUGAGCACAGCUGAACACACCAGCGAGAAAGAACACUCUCAAAUGUUGGUGCUGAACUGGUUAGCUGUUUGUGGAUCUAGCACUUGAUGUUGCUGCUGUUGCUGCUGCAGCUAGACAUCACUCAGCCAGCACCCAGGAUGACAUACGUAUGCUGUGUGUGGUUGUUGCUCAUGUCUGUCACAGCUCAUCAGAUUCAGUCAACUCAGGCACAAGUUGUAGCAGCAAGAAGGAGAGAAGAUGUUCCACCGAGCAUCACUGAACAUCCGCAGAAUGUGGUUGUGCCAAAGAAUGAGCCUGCUAGGCUUGACUGCAGAGCUGAGGGCAGACCAGAACCGAGCAUCUCGUGGCUCAAAGAUGGCUAUGCCAUGGACAUGUCAACAGGCAGCGGUCAUAUCACCUUGCUAGAUACUGGGGCCAUGCUGUUUCUUACUGUCAGCAGACUGGAUGUGGGGACAUAUCAGUGUGUAGCAAUCAACCGAGCUGGAACAGCUCGCAGCAAUAAUGCUACCCUGGAGGUUGCAUUUUUACGGGAUGACUUCCGCACAGACCCAUCUGACUCUGUGGGUCUGGCUGGUGAGCCUGUGGUGUUGGAAUGUCAACCCCCCAGAGGUUACCCAGAACCCACCGUCACCUGGAGCAAAGAUGAUGAAGAUGUGAUAGUAGAUGGAGACAGAGUCAAGGUGCUACAAGAUGGAAACCUCAUGAUAUCACAGGCUAGGCGCACAGACACAGGCAGCUAUGUGUGUAUUGCAACCAAUUCGAUUGGCACGAGAGAAAGCCCACCUGCCAUACUCAAUGUGCAUGCACGUCCAUCCUUCACCAGACCCGUGCAAGAUCGCAUUAUUGCUGCACCUGGUGAUAAUGUGAACCUACACUGUGUUGUUGAGGGUGACCCAAUCCCUAGCGUUACGUGGAGAAGACGAGACGCAGACAUGCCAAAAGGAAGAUUUCAAAUUCAUGAGGACAACACUCUCCACAUCAGCCAAGUGGUUCAGGAGGAUGAAGGAAGUUAUAUCUGUAGAGCUGAGAAUAGCUGGGGGACAGAAGCCCUGACCAUCACUCUAGAAGUCAAUACUGAGCCCACCUUCACCAGGGAACCAGUUGACCAGACAGUGUCUGCUGGUCACAUGGUAUCAUUUGAAUGCAAGGUGACAGGCAGUCCACCCCCUACUAUCCUCUGGCAAAAGGAUGGCCUUCAGAAGCUGUUGUACAGUGGGCAGAGUUAUGACUCGGGUCGUUUGACAGUCAGUGAGGAAGGAGAGUUACGUAUCUAUGAAGUCACAACUGAAGAUGAAGGUUUCUAUGUCUGUUCAGCUGUCAGUAUUUCUGGCACAGCAGAAGUCUCAGCUUAUCUGACAGUACUAGUACCCAGCAGCACCCUAGCUCCAGCCACACUAGGUGAGCCACCCCCUGUCAUCCGCUAUGUACCCAGCAACCAGACGUACCUAGCAGGAGCCUUAGGCUUGAUUCCAUGUGAAGCAACAGGAAAUCCACAACCCACUUUACAGUGGAGCAAAAACUCUGUGCCCAUUCAGACCAGUUCAAGAAUAUCUGUCAGAGACUCGGGCACUUUGGAAUUUCGUACACUUCACCUGUCUGAUUCUGGACUCUACACAUGUACUGUUUCCAAUGAAUGGGGCCAGACUAGCUGGUCAGCAUCUCUGCAAGUUAUUGAAGAGGUGGAUCUUGGCUCUGGUGUGUCUCUUCAGACAGCACCAAGCCUAUCGUACUUACCCUCACCACCAGGACCCCUGUUGCCCAGCAACAUCACUAGGAGAACCCUGACUUUGUCAUGGCAACCACCAACUUCAGUUGCCCCUGUCACUCACUACCGGCUGGAAUAUUUCAACCAACAUGGUACAUCGGGCUGGCAACUUCUGGCAGAUCAGAUUACAGAGGAGUGGUUCCUAGUCCAGCAGCUAAGACCAGGAACAACAUACAGGUUCCUAGUCAGAGCAGUGAAUGAUCGAGGUAUUGGACCACCUAGUCCCAUCUCUCAACCAAUCACAACCAGAGAUUCUGGUAGGAAUUCUGUAUCACUUCAGUUGGCAGAGGCUGGGGUGUCUAUCAGAAAUACAUUGGUGCUUAGCAACACUGAGGUCAAGGUCAGCUGGCAGGUUGAGCAGUUUGCUGAUCUGAUUGAGGGUUAUUAUCUCAAGUAUUGGCUGAGUGCUAAUCCCACCGGUGAAGUAGAACAGGAAGUAGUCAUUGGUGCUACCAGCAAGAAAUUAGUGGGUCUAGAGCCAGACACACGCUACAGUGUAUCUGUUCAGCCAUUUGUUGGGAAUGUAAGGGGACCAGACUCCCCAACUGCUUCAUUCACUACCACAUAUGUUACUGUCCGACCUGGUUAUAAUGUUCUGCAGAACAAGCUAGAUUCAUGUGGUAUCAGCAUACAGAAUGUAGAGACUAUUGACUCAACAACUCUUAAAGUCAUAUGGCAGGUCACCAGACACAGCGCUUACAUUGAAAGCUUCUCCAUCACAAUCCGGUCUGUAGACAGAAUUUGGUCACAUACCUUCACUAUAGAGAAUGAAGAUAAUGGACGAGAACAAAUGAAAACUCUGAAAAAUCUGACACCAUGGACAAAGUAUGCCAUCACUGUCACACCGGUCAAUAGUCCAUUUGUGGGAAGGGAGAGCCAAGAAUUCAUUGCCAAGACUGGCCCUGGUGCUCCACGUGAAGCACCAAGAAAUGUCAAUGGCAGCAGCAAUGGCUCCACAGCUAUUCUCAUUACUUGGCAACCUCCCCCAGCCUCUCAGAUUCCUGGUAUCCUGGCAGGUUACAGUGUGUAUGUUCUCGGCAACCACUCUUCCCAACAUAAGCAAGUGGUUGUCAGUAAUGACACCUUGAGUGAGAUGGUGACGGGACUGAAUCCUGGCAAGGUGUACACUGUCUUUAUUGUAGCCUUUACCAGCGAAGGCCCUGGACCCAAUAGUACAGCUGUCAGUGUAUACAUUCCACCAGAUGGCGAUGAUGUUUUGGGUGGUACCAUCAGCAUGGUCUUACUGACGACUGGUUCUGGAGAUGGCGAUGAUGACUUGGGUGGAACCAUCAGCAUGGUGGUAUCACAGCCAUGGUUCAUCAGCACCUUAGUUGGUAUUAUGCUGGUCACCAUCUUUCUGAUUCUUGUCUGGGUAUGGAGACGACAACGCAAACAGAAGCAAUCAGCAGCUAUGACUAAAGCUGCUAUUGGGAAAGACACAGGUGUCUUGCGGAAUGUUGGCGGUGUGGGUGCCGGCAACACAGGGACCUAUCCAAGUACCAACCAGGCUUGGGCUGAGACACAGUCAUGGCUACAUACAGCUUCUAGGGAUGGACAGGAUACUGAGGUUUGCAAGCAGGCUAUGAUGAUUGGUGAUUGUCAAGGGGAGAGUAAGGAAGGAACCAUGCCACAGCAUGUAGACAGCCAACGUAGCAGUAACUUUGAUACUUCAACUCCUACUCUAUCUACCUUCCAAGGCUCCAUCCCUAAACAAGCAGGAAGCCCUGAGUAUGCAGUGGUCGAGAGUGAGUUACACACACCUUGUUGCCAGGGCAGCUAUCCUAGGACUCCACACCUGUUAUGCAUCCAUGACACAGAGCCUUACGCCUCGGCUACCUUGGUCCUACCUCCCAAUGUCAGGGAGUAUGCUGCUAGGAGGCAAAAGUGUAGUGACAGCAGCUCCAACUCCGGCUCAGGUUCCACCACACGGCCACCUGGUGUGCGCAAGACCAGCCGGUCUGGAGCUGACAAUGCUGCCUAUAGUAGCAGCGGGGGAUCAGGACUGCCAGCCUUACCAAUGAGAGAUGGCAGCUUGCCAAGUGCAUCUGAGUGCCAUAGUUUACCAAGUGAUUCUGGAACAAGUUCAGUAGGAGAUCGCGCUAGCAGAAAAAAGCACCACAGAAGUGGUUCCAACCAACCAGCUCGCAACUGGACAGAGUUACUACCCCCUCCCCCAGAACAACCUCCUACAGACAUCGAUUCACCCACAGAAAUAACCUGUCCUGCCCCAACUUGCUCUCAUGCACACCCCAAUCUACAUAUGGAUUCCCACUGCUGUCCCAUGAUGCAUCAGUCCACAGACAAAGCACCCCUACCACCUGUAAGACAACACCAUUCAAUGACUCCAGCUUCGUAUCAGCAUGAUGUGCACCACACCUACCCAGGAGGAGUACCAUGUGAGAGUCACUCUUCACAUAGGCCGCUGCCUACAAACUCUUUGCCUAACAAGUUAGGCAGCAAUAGGAGUGGGACCCCCACAUCUCGAAUGCAGCAGCCCCAUAGUGAAGUGUCUGACAGGCCCUCAGAUCCUGAUCACUCACAACGGGGGGUGCCUUACCUAGCUUCCAAGCGGCUCUUUGAGGAUCCUAGGCAUGAGCAACUUGGCAAGGAGUUGUUGGAGUUUAAUGAUGAUAUGUCACAGAGUGAGAUACUAUCGGAUAAUGAUUAUGCACCCAUGUCCCCCGUGGGAACGCAGUCCAAGCAAAUAGAUAUGGAUGAUCCCGUGUAUCAGCCUCAGUCUCUCUGCCUAUCAGAGAUGGAUCUGCCAAUCAGAGAUGAGCUUGAGACAGACUUGGAGACAGAGAGCAGCUGCACAGGGAAGAAGCACAAUAGAAGGGGCAUGGUUCCAUCUAAUGCCACUACUAAUGGACAUGGGCGGGACAUCAGCAGUAGUGGACGUAGUGAGUCCCAUGAACAGUCCCAUAGACAUGACAAACAAGGUGGAGUGAAGAGACUACCAGAUAGUCAACGCAAACCACCCAUAACAUCUUACAUGCAUCCCACACUGCCCAUCACAGCUAGACAACAGAGAGACAAAGGAAGCAAAGUCAAUCCAGAGAAAUUGGUCAUUAAAGACACCAAUGACUCUGGACUGACCGUCACAGCCAACCCAAUGGCAUUUGCCCAUGAGAGAAAAGAAACUAUGAAGGUAUGA